CUAUUUGUUCUUUAUUUAAUCCUUAAUCAUUUUUCUCAAACCCCCUCUCUCUCGUCUUUACUACAGCAGUUCCCCUCUCUCUCUCUCUCUCUCUCUCUCUCUCUCUCUCUCUCUAGAAAAUUAGAGAUUUUAAAAUAAUAACAUGGCAUUUUUCUUUCUUUUGGGUGUGUGAAUUCUCUGCGUGAAGCAACAAAAGUCUUCUCUUUCACACCUAUUUCUCUUAAUCCCACAACCCCAUAUGGUGAUUUAAAGAAUCUUGUUCUAGGGUUUUUACAAUCCUCUUGGAAAAGCUUCGCCCUAAUUCACCCUUAAUCACAGAAAAAAGAAGUUCUGUUAUGGGUUUUUAGUGUUUUACAUUAGUAGUUGAGUUUCUUGGAUUUUUGAUUUUGAGGGAAGAUAUGGAAGAGGUUGAAGCUGCUAAUAGAGCUGCUGUUGAGAGUUGCCAUAAAAUCCUCAGCCUUUUGGCUCAGCCACAAGAUCAAGUUCAGUACAAAAACUUAAUGAUGCAAACAGGGGAUGCAGUUGUUAGGUUCAACAAAGUUGUAUCUUUACUCGAUAAUGGUCUAGGUCAUGCUAGGGUUAGAAUGGUCAAGAAAAUUUCAACCCCUGUACCCCAAAACAUACUCCUAGACACCCCCACCACCAUAACAACCCACCAUCAUCCACCAAAACCCCUUCAACUUCUUUUAGAUUCGCACCCAAUUCAAGAAGUUGGUUCAAAUGUUGUUAAGAGCACUCUUUCUUUAGCUAACCAUCAUCACCCAUCACUCGAAUUAAACUCAAAUGGUAAGUGUUCCAUUCAAGUUUCCCAAAAUACCCCUCACCCGUCUUCUAAUUACCAUUUCCUUCAACAACAAAAGCUCAAACAACAAGCUGAAAUGAUGUAUCGGCGUAGUAACAGCGGGAUUAGCUUGAAUUUUGACAGCUCAACUUGCACUCCUACAAUGUCAUCCAAUAGAUCUUUUAUGUCGUCAUUGAGUAUUGAAGGGAGUGUUGCUAAUUUGGAUGGAAGCUCUUUUCGGUUGAUCGGGUCAACCCGGUCAGCUGACCAAGCCUCGUAUCAACACAAAAGGCGGUGUUCGGUCAGGGGAGAUGAUGGGAGUGUGAAAUGUGGAAGUUCUGGUAGAUGUCAUUGCUCCAAAAAGAGAAAACAUAGGAUUAAGAGGUCAAUCAAAGUACCUGCCAUUAGUAACAAGCUUGCAGAUAUUCCCCCCGAUGAGUAUUCUUGGAGGAAGUACGGACAGAAGCCCAUCAAGGGUUCUCCUCAUCCCAGGGGUUAUUAUAAGUGUAGCAGUAUGAGAGGUUGUCCAGCAAGAAAACAUGUGGAAAGGUGCUUGGAAGAUUCAACAAUGCUCAUAGUCACCUAUGAAGGGGAACAUAAUCACCCAAGUGUUCACUUCACUGUGAAACGAAUAUGA